UUCUGCUUUUCUUGCUGUGGAGGUCGAUCCGGGUGGGGGGCAUCCGGUGGUACGAACUAACCUCACAUCAAGUCAUCAACCGAUCCACGCAACCUCUCCCCUACAAGCCCUAAAGCUACAGUACCAGAGGAGAGAGAGAGAAAACGGGUGGCCGAGCAGUGAUCAAUGGUGAUUGAGGAUUGACAGCUGAGAGAGAGAGAGGCAUUUCCAGAGAGAGCGAGAGAGACUUACGGCACCCACAAAACAUACGAUCAGACAUUCUUCUCCUGCCUGCAAAAAGAGUAAGCACAGGGAGAAGAAAGGAGAGGAGAGAGAGGCGGGGAAGGAAAGAAGGAAGAAGAUGGGUCGUGGGAAGGUGGAGAUGAGGCGGAUCGAGAACAAGAUCAGUCGGCAGGUGACAUUCGCCAAGCGCCGGAACGGGUUGCUCAAGAAGGCGUACGAGCUCUCGCUGCUCUGUGACGCAGAGGUGGCUCUCAUCAUCUUCUCCGGCCGCGGCCGCCUCUUCGAGUUCUCCAGCUCAUCGUGCAUGUACAAAACACUUGAGAGAUACCGCACCUGCAACUACAAUUCGCAGGAAGCAACGCCGACGACAGAAAAUGAAAUUAACUACCAGGAAUACUUGAAGCUGAAGACCAGAGUUGAAUACCUUCAAAGCUCACAACGAAAUAUUCUCGGUGAGGAGCUUGGUCCACUCAGCAUGAAGGAGCUUGACCAAAUUGAGAACCAAAUAGACGUGUCCCUCAAGAAUAUCAGGUCAAGAAAGAAUAAAGUAUUACUCGAUGAGCUAUUUGACCUGAAAACUAAGGAGCAAGAAUUGCGGGAUCAGAACAAAGACCUGAGGAAGAAGUUGCAGGACACCACCAACCUCGGCGAGAAUGCGCUCCAUAUGUCGUGGCAAGAUGGAGGGAAAAGUAGCUCUAGUGGGCAUGCCGUUGAGCCUUAUCCGGAACUCCUCCGACAACCGGAACAGGAUUCCUCCAUGCAGAUUGGGUACCGUCCUGCCUACAUGGACCAGCUGAACAACGAAGACAUGGCUUCUCAGCGCCUUAACCUUGGAUCAUCUACAGGUUGGAUAUGACUGGUUCAGACGACGAGAGGGACAUGGUGCGACAUAUUGUACGCCGAAUCUGGAUCUGGAGUCCUGUAUACGAUAGAUUCAGUCACUGGUCUAUAUUGUGACAGCUCUUUGCACUCCACUGAAGAAUAAGAACAGGUGAUGAAUGAUUUGAGUUGAGUACGCAGGUAUUGUAUCGUCUGUCGAUCCACGGACAUGGGCAUCAUGCGUCCUAGCGUGGCGUCCCGUAGCUGCUGUGUUUGGACUUGGAGUGACACUUGUAGUAUUUGUGUGCUGACUGCUGAAGGCGUGGUAAUGAAGUGCCGUAACUAUGGACCGAAA